UAUCUGCACUUUACAGUAACGACGUGGCUUUCAGGCGCAAAUCGCCUAUAAAUACGCCUCUGCACCGUUAACCUCCCCUCAACUUCCCCUCCACUCUUCUCUGCGCGUUUAACUCUUCCUCUCUACCACAACUGAUUACUCUCUCCCAACCCUAAACCAAAAGCUGUCGCCUUUUUCCUCCAUAGCUUCCAUCCAACGGAAACAAUGGCGACAAUGUCGAAACCCUGGAGCAGGGUCGGCGCUUGGGCUCUCGAAACUGAGAGAGCCGAAGCAGAGGAGCCGGCGCUCACGGAUGCCGACUCCUAUACGAAGACAAUGGAGAGCUUUCCAACCCUCAACGAAGCGGCAGCAAGUGGGGAGUUUUCCAAGCACAAGAAGAAGAAGAAAGGCAUCUCUUUUACGCUUUCUGAGUUCGCCACCGGCACCUAUGUCGGUCCCGGCGGUGCUCAUCGCGGGCCGACAUGCGAGUCGAAGGGCCUCACUGCCGGAGAGAUGCUCCUCCUCCCUACUGGUCCGCGUGAACGCACGGCAGAUGAGAUAGAGCAUUCCCGAUUCCGCGGCGGCUUUCGUUCUUAUGGUUAUGGAGGCGACGCUCCUCCCCGCCGCGUGAAUGACUUGCCUCACAGGGCUUCGGAUCGAGAUCAGACCUCGAGGGCUGAUGAGGUGGACAACUGGGCUUCUGUUAAGAAGCCGUUUCCCAUGGAUCUAAGCCGGCAAGCUCGCUCGGGCUCCCUGGGCACAUCCAAGGCUGAUGAGGUGGAUGAUUGGUCUGCAGGAAAGAAAGCUUUUGCUCCUCUUUCUGGGCACUCAGGCUUUGGAUCUGGGAUGCAUUCAGAUCAUUUGGGGAGAGGAAACGCAUCUCUUUCGAGGAAUGGGGAAAGAGAAAGGCCGAGACUUGUUCUGGAUCCUCCAAAGAGAGAUUCUGAAUCACAGCCGGAGCCGGCGCCGGCGCCGGCGCGUAGCCGGUCGAAUCCUUUUGCUGCUGCAAGGCCAAGGGAGGAGGUGUUGGCUGAGAAGGGGUUGGAUUGGAGAAAGAUGGAAAGUGAGAUUGAAAUGAAGAAGGCAAACUCUUAUUCAAGUAGAUCAUCCAGUUCGCAGUCAAGCAGGCCUGGGAGCUCUGACUCUAAGGCUUCAGAAGAAGGAGGGGUGGUGAAGCCUCGGCAUAAAGUUAAUCCUUUUGGGGAUGCAAAACCUCGGGAGGUUCUUUUGGAAGAGAAGGGAAUGGAUUGGAGGAAGAUUGAUCAGGAACUGGAGCAUCGUGGGAUUGACAGGUCUGAAACUGAUGAAGAAAAGAAGCUGAAGGAAGAGAUUGAUCAUUUGAAGAAAGAACUCUGUAGCCAAACUGAGGGUAACAUGAAUAGUGAUUCCUUGGAUCAUUCUACUGAACAAUGUGAUAGUCUGCUUGGAAAAAUAAAGGAAAGAGAGAAAGAGCUGGAAAAUCUGAUACAUGAGUUGGAUGAUAAGGUGCGUUUUGUUCAGAGAGCCUCAGCUGAUAGCAGGCCUGGAUCUGGAUCUGGCAGAGCUGCUUUCUCUGCAGAUAAGCUUUCAGUGCAGAAUGGUGUUUCAGAAGGUUCGAGACAGACUGAGUUUGGAUCAAGAGGGACGAGCGAUUCAUGGAGCAGACCCGUGAGUGGGAAACGGGGAUUUCUUUCAAGCAAGGAUUCAGGCUUUUUGGGCAACAGGAGCAUGAACAGGUUAAAAUCUGGGGAAAGAUGGUGAAAGAGCAGUAGUUGUUUCUGAUGCCGACACCAAAGACAUUAUCUUAAAAAGAUAAUAUCUUUUUAAGAUAUUACCUUUUUUUUUCUUUGAAAUUGGAGUGGCUAUGUAGAUAAAAAUAAAAGUAGCCCCCAACCAUAGUUCAUGGCUACCUUGGUGUGCUUUAAGAUUUGUAGUUUUUUCAUGUUAAUGCAAGCAAAUAGUUGUAUUUGGUAAAAGUUUUUCUUUCUGCAUAUCUUCUAG